UUUUGAGAGAGGGGUGGUUGUUGACGCGGUUUCAAAUUAGGCGCUGUUCUCUUUUCACAUUUAUUAGAGAUUUUGGAUAAGAUUUUUUUUAUUUAAACACACUAUUGAAAAAAGUUGUUAUAUAAGCUUAACCAGACGUGAAGUAGUAUCAGAACAAAACGUCACUUCGAGUUUUACACCCUAUCUGUACUGUACACAAAUAUUUGCCGCCAUUUUUCUGAAGGCAGAAGCUCUACUAACAGGUCUUGCGUUCUUACAUUAUCAUCAGACAACCUCUUGAUACAGUUUAACUUUUUAAGUCAGUCCUUGAAAUGACUACUAAAAAGAAACGGUCUGCGCACACCGACAACGACAGCUGGGUUGUCAUUGCUCCAGGUACCUUACAUUUUCAAGUUUAUUGUGUUGCAUUUCUGCCUUUAUUUGUGAAUGCAGGCAGUUCUUCACUGUACCUGUUUGGCUGUGGUGAUGUCUGUGUUUAUGAAGUAAAAGCCUUUUCUGAAGACUUUCGGUCUUGGUUCAUUGGACAGACAGUGCAAAGAGAUGGUAGACUGCUGUAUGUGACUCCCAUUGAUCCUUUAUUUCUGCUGUUGCCAUACAUUAGCAGUACUGCCACUGAGGGAAAGUUCCAGCCGGCAAAGCAGAUGAUUAUGGAUGAGGAUUACCCUGGAUGCACAAGACUUCUGCAUUGCAAACAGGGACUGGAUUCCCUUCAUCAUGUGGCUGAUGAGACAGAGGUAGACGGUUUAAAGUUUCACAGAUAUAACCAGGAGAAGACCUUGGAGUGGCUCAAGAAAAAGGUCCAACGCACAGUAAUAACACUCAAAAAGAGCAACAUAUCUGUGGGUGGAGGAGUGAAAUCCAGCAUGUUCGUCAGAGUGAAACAUGAAAAUGCUACUGAAGAGGACUACUUACGUUAUGCACAUGGUCUCAUAUCAGAGUACAUCAGUGAAGACCUGAGCAAAACUCUCCUCAAGCAUCUGCAGUUGCCAGAGAUAUCCAGCCCUAAAGAGACAGAGCCGCCUUCUAAGAAACGGAAACUGUCAGAUAAACCAGUAGAGGCUGGGGAAGACUACACCAAGUUCAACAGUGCUGAUUUUGCACGAAAACCACCAAAGAAGAUGACUGCAGCUCAGAAGAGUCUUGCCAAAGUAGACAAAACUGGCAUGAAGAGCUUGUCAGCAUUCUUCAGCCCCAAAGUCAAACAAGAGAAGAACUGAGUGAGUGUUUGUGUGAGUGUCAAAACGUUUUGCUAAUAAAGUUAUUAGAAAAU